AUGUCAUCUGCAGCUGAAAGUGGGGAUGCAGUCCCAGGCAAACAAAGCGAAGAAAAAACCUAUAAAAAGACUGCGUCAUCUGCCAUUAAAGGUGCUAUUCAGCUGGGCAUCGGAUACACGGUGGGGAAUCUCACUUCCAAGCCAGACCGAGAUGUUCUCAUGCAAGACUUUUAUGUGGUAGAAAGUGUGUUCCUGCCGAGUGAAGGGAGCAAUCUGACGCCAGCUCAUCAUUACCCAGAUUUCCGAUUUAAGACAUACGCUCCACUGGCAUUCCGAUACUUCAGAGAACUGUUUGGUAUCAAGGCUGAUGAUUACUUGUUCUCCAUCUGCAGUGAGCCGCUCAUCGAGCUGUCCAACCCUGGGGCCAGUGGGUCCUUGUUUUUUGUGACCAGCGAUGACGAGUUCAUCAUCAAGACCGUCCAACACAAAGAAGCGGAGUUCCUACAAAAGCUCCUGCCAGGUUACUACAUGAAUUUAAACCAGAACCCAAGGACCCUCUUACCCAAGUUCUACGGACUCUACUGCAUGCAGUCCGGCGGCAUCAACAUCCGCAUCGUGGUGAUGAAUAACGUCUUGCCUCGCGCCUUGAAGAUGCACUUCACCUACGACCUCAAAGGCUCGACCUAUAAGCGCAGAGCAUCGCGGAAGGAGCGAGAGAAGUCAAACCCCACCUUCAAGGACUUGGACUUCCUCCAGGACAUGCGCGAAGGGCUGUAUUUCGAUACGGAGACGUACAACGCGCUGAUGAAAACGCUCCAGAGAGACUGCCGGGUGCUGGAAAGCUUCAAGAUCAUGGACUACAGCCUUCUGCUGGGGAUCCAUGUCUUGGACCACCCCCUCAAAGACAAAGAGGAGGACGCCUCGCAAAACGUGCCUGAUGCUAAGAGGCCAGGGAUGCAGAAGGUCCUGUACUCAACAGCAAUGGAGUCCAUCCAGGGCUCAGGGAAGUCAGGGGACGGGGUCAUCACAGAGAGCCCGGACACAAUGGGAGGUAUCCCAGCAAAAAGCCAUAAAGGAGAAAAGCUGCUUUUAUUUAUGGGCAUUAUUGACAUCCUUCAGUCGUAUAGGUUGAUGAAGAAGUUGGAACACUCCUGGAAAGCUCUUGUCUACGAUGGGGACACUGUCUCGGUUCACAGACCAAGUUUUUAUGCAGACAGGUUUCUGAAAUUUAUGAAUUCCAGAGUUUUCAAGAAAAUUCAAGCUGUGAAAGCCUCGCCGUCUAAGAAACGGUGCAAUUCCAUCGCUGCCCUGAAGGCGGCCUCACAGGAGAUUGUGUCCUCCCUCAGCCCCGAGUGGAAGGGCGAGAAGCAUGAUCUGCUGACGGAAGGGCAGAGCUUCAGCAGCCUCGAUGAAGAAGCCCUGGGGACCCGCCGCCGCCCCGACUUGGUGCCCAGCACCCCCUCGCUGUUCGAAGCUGCUUCCCUGACAACUACAAUUUCGUCCUCUUCCUUGUACGUCAAUGACCAUUAUCCACAGGACAAGACGACGCUUUAUUCAAACAGCAAAGGGUUACCUUCAGCAUUUGCCUUGGAAGAGGGGACCAUCUACCUGACCUCGGAGCCAGGUGCACCAGAAGCACAGGAUGAUAAUGCCUCUGUUCUCGACGUCUACUUGGAUAACAGCAAGGGUCCCUGGUGGCGCAGUGGACUGAGCACCGGACUGCUGACCACAGGGGUACCCUCCAGCUUCUCCAAGGAGGAAAGGGUGGCUGAGUCCAAGCUGAAUCAAAAGCAGUGGGUUGGUGAAUGUGGGUCUCGGGUCGUGUCUCUGAUGGUGAAUGUGGAGUCUUGGCCUGUGUCUCUAAAGCCUAGGGCUCAGUUCCUUCAACUCUACGUCCUGCGACCUUCCGUGCUAGCUGGGUGCCAGAGCUGUGUCCCUUCCCGGUUCUGCCCUGGGACCGCUGGCUAG